GCUGGAAUAGAGACAGACCCAGCCCCCAUGUGCUGCGUGUAGAUCCAGAGCUAAGAGACGGUCAUGAGCGGAAAGUACGACAGUGCGCUGACCGUAUUCUCGCCUGAUGGCCACCUCUUCCAAGUGGAAUACGCACAGGAAGCCGUGAAGAAAGGAUCGACCGCGGUUGCGGUGCGUGGCGAGGACGCGGUGGUUCUGGCCGUGGAGAAACGAGCUCUGGCGAAGCUUCAAGACGCGAGGACAGUCAGGAAGAUAUGCCACCUGGAUGAGCACGUAGCUUUAGCAUUUGCAGGGUUGACGGCUGAUGCGCGUGUGUUGGUGGACAUGGCUCGCGUGGAGUGUCAGAGUCACAGACUGACUGUGGACGACCCAGUGACUCUGGAGUAUAUCACCAGACACAUUGCCAACACCUGCCAGAGCUUCACACAGAGCAACGGAGCUCGUCCGUUUGGUGUGUCACUUCUGAUUGUCGGUUUCGACGAGAAAAAGACUCCAAAACUCUACCAAACUGAUCCUGCCGGAGCCUAUCAUGAAUGGAAGGCGAAUGCCACGGGCCGGGGGGCAAAGUCUGUGCGAGAGUACCUGGAGAAGAACUACUCUCCUGAGGCCGUGCAGACACGAGACAGCACAGUAGUUCUGGCCAUCAAGGCUCUGCUUGAGGUGGUUCAGUCGGGCAGCAAGAGCAUGGAACUGGCCGUCAUGGAGCGGGGGGAAAAACUCACGUUUCUGGAACCAGACGAAAUUGAAACGUACAUCAAGAGGAUUGAAAAGCAGAGAGAGGAGGGGGACAAGAAGAAGGGGAAGAAGGCCACACCCUCUGGCGCUGGACCCUCGUAGACCAUAGCAAACCCCACACUUUCUCUCAGACACAGUAUAUGUAUGAUACAAUGUGUGUUGUGGUCUCAUUAUCAUAACUCAACGAGAUGUUUAACUGUUUUUACUGUUCUGUUGGUUGAGAGUGUCAAAAGCUUUAUGCCUUAAACAAUAAUUAUGGUAAGACUAUAUAUCCCAUUUGGUAUUUGUUUUGCAAUGCGGAG